AUGGGAGGGCCAAAACACGUCAAACUUAAGUCCCGGAAAUUUCCAGUUUGGUUGCGCAUGCAAGUAUGGGCCGGUAGCAUUCUCUACCGAGGGGAGAAUGCCUUCGGUCAAGAAGGACAAACAUUUCGCCUGCCUCUCAAUCGGGUGCUCAAGGCUGGCUGCCACAGAAACGAGCUUGAUGCCAUGGAAUUUGUCAGAAGUCGAACCAGCAUACCCGUACCACGAGUUUUAGAAUUAUAUGAGUUCGGCGAACGCUACCACCUUGUGAUGGAAAUGGCAUCGAGCGGCCCAGGGGAACCCGGGGUUGAUUACGACCAGAUGACCCCGGAACAAAUCAAAAGCUUUGGAGCUGAGCUUGGGGGCUACAUCCAGCAACUAAGACAACUCGAACCCCCAGAGGAGGGGGUUAUUGGGUCUGUUAAGCUUGGUAAAAACCAUGACUCUCGUCUAGACAACAGGGCGUGGGGCCCUUUUCACGGCAUCGCAGACUUCCACACGUAUCUCCGUCGAGGUCAUCCCUUGGCACAUUGGGAAAUGGAGCCAGAUGUGAUACGCGUCCACACCAGACCUGAGCAAUACUCAAUCAAAUUCACGCAUGCAGACUUGCGGCCUAAUAACAUCCUCAUCAAGGACGGUCACAUCACCGCAAUUAUCGACUGGGAGUUCGCGGGCUGGUACCCUGAGUACUGGGAGUACACCAAAAUGCGCUGGACUCCCAGCCCAUUCUGGGACAAUUUCUACAAGGCCGUAGAGCAAGAGCCAAGCAUUGUCAAGUAUCCUGAGGAGCUUGCGGCAGAGACGGCUAUUUGGAAGCUGAUGCACCCUUAUGCUUACGAUGAUCCGCCUUGGUCUGAGGAGAACGAUGCAGUGCAGGCUAGACACAGUGCCGCGUGA